AAAAAAGUUCUUCGAAGCUAUAAACAUCGAAGGCAAAAUGGGAAAAUUUGUUUUGUGUUAUAUUGUAUUUGUUUUGGGAUGUGCUAGUUUCUCGACAGCAACAGUAAAUUGGUGGGAAGAUGGAUCCCUGUACCAAAUUUAUCCAAGAUCUUGGAAAGAUAGUGAUGGUGACGGAGUUGGUGAUUUGAAAGGUAUCACUGAAAAUUUGGAGUUCCUGAAAGAAAUUGGUAUGACUGGUGCUUGGUUAUCACCUAUAUUUAAGUCACCAAUGUCUGAUUUUGGCUAUGAUAUUUCGAAUUUUUACAACAUUGAUCCACUUUUUGGUAGUUUGGAAGAUUUUGAUGCACUCGUUGCAAAAGCUAAAAAAAUCGGCUUGAAAAUAAUUUUAGACUUUGUACCAAAUCAUUCAAGUGACGAAUGUGAAUGGUUUCAAAAGUCAAUUAAUCGUGAAGAUGGUUACGAUGACUUUUACGUGUGGGACGAUGGUCUACAAGAUCCCAAAAACCCAGCCAUAAAACUUCCUCCAUCGAAUUGGGUAAGUGAGUUUGGAGGUAAAGCCUGGUCCUGGAAUGAAAAACGUCAACAGUUUUAUUUACACCAGUUCCAAAGCAAACAACCUGAUUUAAAUUUUCGAAAUGCUAAGACGCAUGAAACCAUGUUGAAUGUAUUAGAAUUCUGGCUGAAUCGGGGGGUGGAUGGAUUUCGGAUCGAUGCAGUACCUUUUUUUUUUGAGAAGAUUAACGAAGAUGGGACCUAUCCCGAUGAGCCUGUUAGUGGACAAACAACAGAUCCAGAUAGCAAUAAAUAUCUGAGCCAUAUUUACACAAGGGAUCAAAGUGAAAACGCAGGGCUAUUGAUGGAGUGGCGUAAUUUUAUAGAAGAAUAUCAAUUGAAAAACGGAGGAGAAAAAAGGGUCUUACUUGCGGAAGCUUACUCUCCCAUUGAUGUAAUUGACCAGUAUUUUGGCAAUGAUACACAUCCUGCUGUCCAUUUGCCAUUCAACUUUAAUCUAAUGUCCUUAGAUAAAUCGUCUAAUGCCAGAGAUUUAGAAGAAAGCAUUAAUGGAUGGAUGGAUGUUAUGUGGAAAAAGCACAAGUCAGCUAAUUGGGUGUUAGGUAACCAUGAUAAUCCAAGGAUUGGCGAUCGUUUGGGAAAAGAAAAGAAGGAUUUGUUUACUAUAAUACUUGCUGCACUGCCUGGAACUACGGUAACCUAUUAUGGUGAAGAAAUCGGCCUCGAUAAUGUUCCUACACAAUGUACAAACAUAACUUGUGACUUCCGAGACUCAGAGCGAACUCCAUUUCAAUGGAAUGAUCAAGUUUCAGCUGGAUUUUCGGACUCUAACAAAACAUGGUUACCUGUUUCGGAGGAUUAUAAGACUCUAAACGUGAAGGUUCAGCGAGGUAUUGAAAGGAGUUCCUUGAACAUUUUUAAAGGAAUGCAAAUUCUUAAACACACAGGAGCUUUUAAGGCUUUUAAAAACGAAGGAGCUUGGAAAUACGGUGCUGUUAAUGAUCAAGUAUUCCAGAUAAUUAGGUCGAACUCAAGGGAAGAAUAUCGAAUUCUUGCUAAUUUGGGAAGUGAUCUAGAGCUUGUUGAUCCUUUAUGUAAUUCUAUAGACCAAAAUGAAUGUCUUAUGGAGUACACAUUAGUGAAUCGAAACUCACCUCAUCGUAUAGGGGAGAAAGCAAACUUAAACAAAAUUUACAUGAUGCCUUUUGAAGCAGUUGUCCUAAAAAGGAAAAUGCAAAACGUUAUAUAAAUGAUUAAAAAGAAAUAUUAAAUUAGUAUAGUGCAUGCAUUUCAUUUCGGUGGACGCACGUGACCUUGAAAUUCUUUUGUGUAUGAGUUUGCAAAGUACUGCAUGGGUAAGAAUUACAGCAACGUAGGUUAAAUAAAAUAUUCGACUGUUUAGCACGAACUUGCUCUUAGAGUUCAAGUCGCUAAUUUUUUAUAACUUUUUAUUUAUAAAUUUUUCUUAUUAAGAUGCAUUUUAAGCAACAAAAUAUUUUUAAAGUUGUUAAUUAUUAAAUUUUUUAUAAAAAAUUUUUGUA